AAAUCAAUAAAUCAGUAAUUUUCCAUUUUCUAGCCAAAUAUUGAAGGAAGGAAGGAAGUAAUUUUACAUUUAAAUUUUCGUCGUUAAAAUUGAUCUCGCAAUGACUUGAGUGUGACAUUUAAGAUUAGAAACUAUUCCAUUACCGGUUAAUAAAAAUAUAAAAAAUAUGGAGAAACAAGACUACAUAAAGAAUUAUACUGAGAAAGCAGCAGAGGAAUAUCUAAAAGUAAGAGAAUUUAUGAAUGAUGCAAAUGUGAGUAAAGAACGAUAUGAAUGCAAAGCAGUAACUCAAGAACAACAGGAGCAUUAUAGUCAAAAUUUGGCCAAAUCCUAUCGAGAAUGUGAUUUUACUUACAAACCAAAAUCUAAUUUGUCUGUUUUGCCAAUGAAAAACACAAUAUUAUCAAUGAUCGACGCAAAUCCUGUGGUUGUAAUUCAAGGACCGACAGGCUGUGGGAAAACCACUCAGAUUCCUCAGCUUAUUCUGGAUGCCAAUACCAAGAAGAGAUAUUACUGCAACAUUAUAGUGACGCAACCCCGACGAAUCGCUGCAAUCAACAUCGCAAAACGUGUGAGUCAAGAAGGUGGUUGGCCGCUCGGCAGUGUCGUAGGCUACCGAGUUGGCAUGAAGCAUCAAGUCUCCUGUGAUACUCGGCUGACAUUCUGUACUACUGAAAUCCUGCUGCAGCAUUUGAUACAACAGAAACACAUGCUUGAUUAUACACACAUCAUAUUGGACGAAAUUCACGAGCGUAAUCAAGAAAUGGAUUUUCUUAUGCUGGUCGUAAAGAAGUUGCUGAAAACGAAUUCCAGCCUGGUAAAGGUGGUCCUCAUGUCGGCAACGAUCGACGUAAAUAAAUUUGCCGAAUAUUUUUCUGUACGAGUGGGAAACAAAUUAGUACCAGCACCUGUCAUAAAAAUCCCUGAGGAGAGAUGUUUCGAGACUUAUACAUAUUACCUGGAUGAGAUUAAAAAUUUGGGCGAAAUACCAAAGGUGCUUCCUUCUGAACCAAAAGUCACUCAAUCCAUGAUCAAUUUUUGCACGGAAAUUAUUAUUGCCUUCGAUCAGAUUGAUAUCAAUGACGAAAAACAGGAAGAAAGGAAAACAAGCAUUUCCACUUUACCAUCGCAAAGACACACGGUUCUCGUUUUCUUGCCAGGUAUCUACGAGAUCGAGGAACUAUAUAUAUUUUUAUCGUCCAAAUGUUACGAGGAUAGAUUGUGGGACUUAGUAAUGUUACACUCGAUGAUUUCCGGCGACGAGCAACAACGUGUCUUUUACAAGGUCCCGGCACAUCAUCGACGAAUCAUACUGUCGACGAACAUCGCCGAAAGCAGUAUUACAGUGCCGGAUGUCAAAUACGUGAUUGACUUUUGCCUCGUCAAAAUGGUUGCUCUCGAUACCGUUUCCAAUUAUCAGUCCUUGCAACUUGGUUGGACAAGCAAAGCGAGUUGCGUGCAACGGGCGGGUCGUGCCGGCCGCGUGAUGGAUGGUAGGGUGUACAGAUUGGUGCCGAAAGCAUUUUAUCACCGUAUACUCGACGACGAGGGCAUACCGGAGAUGUUGCGCGCCCCACUGGCCAACAUUGUUCUGCGUGCCAAAAUCUUCGCUUUCGGCAAUCCUCGUUCUCUCCUCGCCUUCUGCCUGGAUCCACCUCGUCUCCAGAACUUAUCGGACACUAUUUUAUACCUAAAAGAGGCCGGCGCCCUGAUGAACGACAACUCAAUCUAUCAACCCUACGACGGUGAGCUGACCGACAUGGGAAGAAUAAUGGCGUUCUUACCGCUCGAUAUACAAAUCUCUAAAUUAAUUAUGUUGGGUCACAUUUUCGGAAUUUUACGAGAUGCCAUCGUGCUGGGCGCCAGCAUGGCACUCAAAGACAUGUUUGUCCAAAGUGAAUGUCGCGGAAACGUCUCGUCGUAUUCGACGAAGAAAAAAUGGGCUCGCGAGACUGAUAGCGAUUGCAUCGCUGCGCUGAAUGUAUAUAAAAUGUGGAAAAACGAGAAGGCCAAUCGCCGAUUCACUUUCUAUCAGACAGAGAAGCAGUGGGCGCAAAGGAACGGAGUCCAACUACGGACCUUACGCGAGCUGGACGUUCUCGUCAAAGAGAUCAUUCACAGAUUGAUGAGAUUGGGCGUGAGGGAGACGGUCGGCGUGCGCAAAGUGAUCUGGGAGGGCCAGGAACGCAAUUUCGUGCUGCAAGUUAUUAUUGCCGGCGCUUUUUAUCCAAACUAUUUCGUCAAACGUUUCCACAGCGUUGAAAUUAACGAGGAUAACAUCGUUAGAAGUCUGAACGCCUUGGAUCCUUUAAAGACCAUUUAUAUGCGAGGUUGGCCGGUUAACCAACCGGGUUACUUGUACGCGAAAAGAUUUCAGGAGAUAUUUUCCCAUCACCAUGGUAUUCCGAAAGAGCGGAUAAUGGUUUCGUUCGAUGGCUCGGCACGAGUUUACGUACAAUAUUCCGAGAAAGAGACGAUCAAUAGCGACGAAAGUUUGUAUAGAAUAUCGGAUUUUGUUUAUACAUCUGUUAAAAUGCGACAUUGCGAAAUUCCGAUAAAGAUUGGAUUGUUAAACAAGAAUAAGGCACACGAUAGGAGCAAAAAUGAGGAUUUGGAUAGAUUUGAAAACACUAUUUUCUUCAAAAAAGGAAUUACAUGUAAAACUAGAAGUGACCUGUUUAAGAUCAAGCCGGAACUGCCAGGUCUUGAUAUAACUUUUGUACCUUUGUCUAUACAAAAUAUCGUUAGUCCGGGAUAUUUUUGGGCUACUCUGAAUGACGAUGAAACUCACAAGAAAAUGCGAAGAAUCGAGGCCGCCCUCAACGCACGUCCCCUGAAAGAAUAUCUCUUUCCGCCAAAAAUCAAAACUAUCGUUGCUGCUCCCAUGGAAAGAAACGAUUCUCCGACAAUGUAUCACCGCGCAAUAGUCGAGGAAUACAAUAUGAAAAUUGUGAAUAUCUUUUUCAUCGAUCAUGGUCGCAUCUCUCAAGUACGAUCCAGCGACUUACGAGUGAUCGAUGACGUCGCGAUUUCAAAGUUACCGUGUCUGGCGUUUCGAUGCGCUUUGGCCACCAUUCGUCCUUCGUAUGAGAUCGGCAAUUCCCAAGGACGAUGGUCGAGGGUGUCGCGAGAUUGCUUCGAAGCUCAAAUUCGCGGAAGCAAGACGAUCUUUGGGAAAAUUUAUUCGGUUGCAAAUAAUACCGUUAAUUUAGAAUUGAUCGUUACCCACAAGAAUAAUGAGGAAUUAAAUAUCAAUGACUAUUUAAUCGAAAAAGGGCACGCUAUAAGUAGAAAGGAAAGCUUCUUGUCCAAGCAUAAUCACGAUCUACGAGUCAAAUCCAGUGUCGUGAACUCAAUGUCGCCGGAAGAAAAGUCGUUUCAGGAGGGACGACAGUAUAACGAGGACAAUUUCUCCGAGUAUCCCUGUCCACCAGGAAGGGAAGAUUGUGACUCGUUGGUACAGCUCCAAGGUCCUUAUUCACCACUCGAAAUCGAUAUCCUCCAGCUAAGAACAGCCGGCCAAGUCAAGAGAGCGUUCGUCGAAUACAAUUCGGUCAACUCCGUUCUUCUCGAUGAGAAUUGCGAUCGAUCGACGCGUCUGCUGGUCGCGCAAAGCGUUCAUCGACUGAACGAUAACGAUAAUUCGCUAUCGUUGCGUAACACCACUUUACUGCCAAACGUGCCGGGACUUACGGCGUUGCUCGCGCUGAUUUUCGCACCGCGCGUCGAACUGAGAUGCAAUGCCUUGAAUACGUAUUACACCGGAGCGCUUUGCGGAUUGGGCCCGAUGGACAGCACUGGCAUAGGCUUAUUAUCGAAUCACGAUAUGGAGAUUUCAUUCGACGUAGAGAUCUCAAACGAUGAUUUGCGAGAGAUAAAUAAAUUGCGCCAUUGGAUGAAUACCGGCAUGCAACUACCAAAUAAUAAUAGUUUCGGCGACGAUUACGAUGACGACAGCGACGACGAGGAAAUAAUAAAUUGUCAAAAUCACAUGAAACGCGCUUUGCUGGAGCUGGGAGGCCGACACAGAGAACGCUUGCAGGAUUCUUUCGAGAUCGCCGACUCCGACAAAUGGAAUCGUUAUCAGGAAUCCUUCUUCCUGCACGCCGUUCGUAACGCAAGAAAAGGCGAAAUGUAUACUUUGCAUAAAGCGUUAAAGCUGCAAGAGAGAAAUUAUCAACUGGAAGAGAUGAUGACACAUCUCGUGGAAUUACAUAAAUUGUCCGAGAACACACGCAAGAUGAACAACAUGAGCACUUAUUGCAAAUUAUGCGAGGUGGAAGUGUUCAGUCAGUUGAAUUUGCGCGGUCAUCUUUACUCGCAGCGACAUAUGAAAAAUGUGGAGAGCUUGCAGAUACCAAAUCUGAAGGAAUAUUGCUGAAAGACUGUUAGAGAUUAAAAGAAUUAUCGUGAUUACAGCCAUUUUUUAUAUUAUAUAUUAUUUAGUUAUUAUAUACUAUUAGGUUUAGUUAUCAGUGAGAAGUAUCAUUUCAUUAAUUAAUUAAUUUAUUAAUAAUAAUUUAUUAUUAAUAAUUUAUUUGCGCAGCGUUUAACGAAGUAGUAGUUAAAUUACGUUUAUUAAUUACUUACAAUAAUGUCACUAUUAUUAUAUUUUUGUUACACUGAAGAGUUUCCAACUGCAAGAUAUACUUUCUAUUUUAUAGAUAUAUAAGUAAUUUUUUAUUUUUGUACUGACGCGAGAGAAAGUCAAUAAAUCGUAUAAGCAUUGCUACUUCAUCAUUAGUUAACCGUUCAGAUAUCGGCAAUCACACAAACAUUUAACAAAUAAUAAGAUAAGGACGAAUGUAGGAAAGGGAUUAUUAAAAAAUAAAGGAUCACACGAGGGAAAAGCGA